CUCCCGGUGAGUCGUCUCCUCUCCACUUCCAUCUACACCAAGCGGGGAGGGGAUGAGAGGGGAAGGAGAUCUCAAUCCCCGCUCCCCGCCUCACCAAUGGCGCCGCCGCUCCUCCUCCUCCUCCUGCUCCUGAUCCGGGCCGCCGGGACCUCCUCCGCGCCCGCGCCCCCGGCCUACUCCGCCCACUGCCCGGCCCCGCCCGCCGUGCCGGACCUCCCCGCGGGCGCGGGCCCCGCCUCCGCCGCCCCCGCCCCCGCGCUCCAGCUCUCCACCGGCUACUUCUCCGGCGGCGGGGACCUCCUCUUCGGCCCGGACAACGGCGCCCGCCUCCCGCGCUCCUUCGCGCUGCUCCCCACCUCCGUCCUCCCCACCGCCGACGCCUCCGUCCUCCGCGUCGCCGCCACGCUCUCCUUCUCCGGCGCCGGCCGUAACCGCAACGGCAUCUGGCCCUCGGGCCGCAACCGCCGCCUCUUCGACUACGACGGCCAGCAGCACCGCCUCCGCCCGCGCCUCCCGCGCUUCGUCGGCCGCCGCGGCUCCCUCGUCUUCGACCUCCACGGCUACUACUCCUCCGCCUCCGGGGACCUCUGCAUGGUCGGCUCGGGCUCCGGCCGCGCCGCCGACGGCCGCCCCGUCGCGCUCCUCGCCGCCGUGCUCCGCCUGCGCUUCCCCCGCCCCGCCAACCUCUCCAGCCCCUUCGUCACCGGCCGCCUCGAGAGCACCGGCCCCGGCCCCGGCGUGGCGUUCGAGCCCGUCUCGCUCCUCGCCUACGCGGAGGAGGGGUACGCCUACGCCGAGAGCGCGUCCUGCCCUCGCCCGCCCGCCGACGGCCGCGACGUCCGCCAGCUGUUCGGCGGGAGGAACUUCACGUGCCCCGGCCUCAGGUCGCUGCUCAAGCCGGGGUUUAGGCUGGACUACGGCAACGGCGGCCAGUCGGCCGCCUCCUCGCUGGGGAUUAACCAGACGCACAUGUUCGUCAACAGGGUGCACUGCGCGGCCGACGGCGCCGUGCGUGUCUAUGUGGCCUUCUCCAACAUGUCAGAUUAUUCCAGGUAUUACUUCAUGGUCACCGAGAAGGCGAUUGUGGCAGAGGGCUUCUGGGAUCAGAAUUCGAACAGGCUAUGCCUCAAAGGAUGCCAUGUGGUAAACUCAGGAUCAUCCCGUGCGGAAUUGACUGUCAGUGAGUGCGGGAUUGGGAUGACCUUCUGGUUCCCGGGAGUGUGGUCGAUCCAGGAACGGAGCUUUUCUGCAGGGUUGGUCUGGAACACCAGCCUGAAAAGCGACCAGGGCAUUGCCGGAUAUUCAACUGCGGUUAGGGGUAACUUUGGGGGUUUGAAGUACAACUACACCAAGGUUGAGGAGGCAACCAAGUAUUACAAGCAGUAUGGCCUGAACAAGAAGAGGAAGGGCAAGUUCCCAGAUAGAAAUUCGUAUCUAGACUUGGCGUUCCGGUUCAACUUGCAGAAACGGGGUGGUUCUGGGUACGCAUCGCCGAUCACAAUUGGGACCAUGUUGUCUGAUGGGAGCUCUUUUGUGCUCUCAAACCUUUCCACUCGCCCUGCAGUGCUGGAGACGAAGCAGAGACUACUUAAUGUCAGCUACAAUAUCCGAUAUGUUGGGCAUUGGUCACUAGCAACAUUUGAACCGCAACAGAUCUCGGCGGAAGGUGUUUAUGACACCGAGACAGGCUCCUUGUGCCUGAUCGCAUGUCGACGGGUUAAUGUCUCCUCCUCAGACUGUAAGAUUUUGAUAACUGCUCACUUUGCUAGUCUGGACGCGAAAGCAGCAAAACAUGUCCAGGGGAAAAUUAUAAGCUUGAGGGGCAAGACCGACCCUCUUUUCUUUGAAACGCUGGACAUUGACUCAUAUGGGAUGUACAUAGGCCAAGUGGAAGAAUCAAUAUGGAGAAUGGACCUGGAAAGCACCAUGGCCCUCAUCUCAAUGACUCUGUCGUGUGCCUUCAUUGCUGUGCAGCUGUUCCAUGUCAAGAAGGUCCCUGAAGCGCUCCCUGCUAUGUCAAUCACUAUGCUUGUUGUGCUCGCUCUGGGUUACAUGACCCCUCUCGUGCUCAACUUUGAGGCUCUUUUCAAGCACAGCAACAAACAGACUGUUCCCUUCUCCGGUGGUGGUUGGCUUGAGGUGAAUGAGGUCAUGGUGCGAAUCAUCACAAUGGCGACGUUUCUGCUGCAGCUGCGCCUUCUUCAGUUGGCAUGGUCUGCACGGUCUUCUGUGGAUGGAAGCAAACACGAGGCAUGUGCUGCAGAGAGGAAAGUGCUCUGGGUGUGCUUGCCGCUGUACAUCAUAGGUGGAGUUAUAACAGCGAUUGUCCACAUGAGAACCAACCACAGCAGAAGGAUGUUGAGGCAAGUUGCUCGCCUCAUGCCGUCACGACAUACAUUCUGGGAGGACAUUGUCCCUUACGGGGGCUUAUUGCUCGAUGGGUUCCUGCUCCCCCAGGUCAUCCUGAAUGUGUUCUCAGCCUCUAAAGUCAGAGCGCUUUCCCCAGUGUUUUACAUCGGGGGCACCAUGCUGCGUGCGCUGCCUCAUGCAUACGAUGCAUACAGGACCCAUCACUUUGUGCGCAGCAUGAGGCCAUCCUACAUCUACGCGAGCUCUCGCGACGACCUCUUCAGCCUCGCGUGGGACAUCGUCAUACCUUGUGGGGUGGUCCUGCUGGCCACGCUUCUCUUCUUUCAGCAGUGGCUUGGGGGCGCCUUCUUCGUCUGCUCCAAGAGACGGAAGCCAUCGAGCGAAUACGAAAUGGUUUCCACGGUCAGCUCUUAGCAAGUUCCUACAGCUUUGUUCAUCGCAAGAUAAGUGGAAGUAGAGGAGGGGUUUACAUAUAGUCUUGAGAGAUAGUUUUUUCUGUUUCCUGAUGGAUGAACAUUUACCCCAAAUUGGCGCUUGUUUGCGGCGAAAACUUAUACAUGCAUGUAUACAAAAGAAGGAAACCAGAUCAGGCAAGGUUCGGUUCUUGAUUCACAGUUCCUUUUCCUAUGCUAUCCUUUGGUUUAUGGUUGACAUUCCCUGUUGUUCUGGUAUUCAGUCAGGGCUAGCUAUUAGCCCAGGUAGAUUUAUGUCUGAAUUCGUUGGAAUUAAUCUG